AUGGCUUCCUAUUUGACCGCCAGCGAGGCAUACACACAAGAAAAAAUGGCUUCGGGUACCCAGACGACUACAGAUCAGGCCGCUUGGGCGGACAAGUACCGCGGGGCAACUGUUGAAGAUUUAGACCCUCCUCCCGCACUCUCUGUUUCUCCCAGCGACCCCAUUGCCUCGGCAAUGCUUGCGGCUUAUGAGCGCGAUUAUACCCACCUGACAGUCAUCUCCUCGAAUCGGGCUCUGCUCGGAUACCUCAGCAUCCCGCGACUCAAGGAGAUGCUCAAGCAAGGCACUGUGAAGGAAACAGAUCCGGUCUCGGUGGCGAUGCAGCGUUUCAACCGCAAGCGCGGUAUUUACAAGGUUAUUACCAUGGAGACGCCGUUGGAGGAACUGGAAGAGUUCUUCGAGAGCGAGUCCGGCCCGAGCGGGGAGAAGAGGGAGAAGCAACAGUUUGCGGUGGUUACCGAUGUGUCGAGGAAAUUUGUACUCGGUGUUGCGACCAAGGCUGACUUGGAGGAAUUCGUGAAGAGAAGACCGGCAUAA